GUCCCCGAGGCCACAAGUAAAACUAAGUUGUGGCACUUAGAUCCUGUUGAGAUUGAGUAUCCCCAAAGGACUCGGCUACCUGACUAUUAUGGCACCAAGAAAUUUAUUAUAUAUGAGAAGUAACUUUCUCUUUGAUUCAAGAAGUUGGGUGACCCGGUUUUCAGCAGAAAUUCUCUUCAAAUCAAUUUCAUUUAGGUUUUUUGGUGUGAAGUGUGAUGAUGCAGAUAGUGAAUCCUUGGAGAAUAAAAAACUAUUGGAUAAUUUACUUACUAUGGGAGUGGAUGUGGACAUGGCAAAGAAACGACAGCCUGGAGUAUUUCAUAAGAAGGGUACCAAUGAGCAAGACCUGGAGAUGUUUCUUCUGUCCAAAGGAGCUAGCAAAGAAAUUAUUGCUAGCAUCAUAUCAAGGUAUCCAAGAGCCAUGACUCGCAACCUUGGUAGUCUUUCUAAACGAUGGGAUCUGUGGAGAAGAAUUAUAACAACUGACCUUGGAAUUGUAAAUAUUUUGGAACGUUCUCCAGAAUCUUUUUUUCGAUCGAAUAACAACUUAAACCUAGAAAAGAAUAUAGAGUUUCUCUACUCAGUUGGAUUAACCCAAAAAUGCCUUUGUCGAUUGUUGACCAAUGCCCCACGUACCUUCUCCAACACUCUUAACCUGAAUAAACAGAUGAUCAGACUUUUACAAGAAGUCUCUUUGUCCUUGGGUAACAAUGAUCCUGUGGAUUUUGUUAAAAAGAUCAUUUUUAAAAAUCCAUUUAUCUUAAUUCAGAGCACCAAACGAGUAAAAACUAACAUUGAGUUUUUGCAGUCAACUUUCAACUUGAACAAUGAAGAGCUGCUUGUUCUUAUAUGUGGUCCAGCAGCUGAAAUUCUAGACCUUUCCAAUGACUAUGUCAAAAGAAACUACACAAAUAUCAAAGAGAAACUGUUUUCCCUUGACUGUACAGAGGAAAUGGUCCAUAAGUUUGUCUUAAGUUAUCCAGAUAUGAUAUUCUUGGGAGAGAAAAAGUUUAAUGAUAAAGUAGACUUUCUCAUAGAAAAAGACAUUAGCAUUUCACAAAUAAUUGACAAUCCUCGGAUUUUGGAUUCAAGUUUAAAUACUUUAAAAAGUCGAAUAAAAGAAUUGAUAGAUGCUGGCUAUAACUUGAGUUCAUCAAAUCUUUCUCUUCUGUCAUGGAGUCAAAAAAGAUAUAAAGCUAAAUUGAAAAAGUUAAACAUUGAAUAGAGCAUUGUUCUCAAAAUUUUAAAAAGUUAGCUCUUUCAUUGAUGAAGAACUGAGACUUUUUCUGGAACCACAUAACCUUUAGUUGGAGAACUUGAUAAAGGCAUCAGUGGUUGUGCUUGGACAAACCUUGUUCUUUUUUUUUUUUUCCCUUCCCCAGUUGUCUAGGGACAUCAGGGAAGCUGCAAACCAGGAGAAUCUGUCAUCUGAAGAUGCUUCAAUUAGUAUAUAGAAUCCCUCACUGACAUUCCUAGAGCUCUGGAUUAAAGCUCUCACUUGCUUCCAAUUUUAAACUUGUUUGGCUUCUUCAAACCCUGUCAUUACUUACACAAUAUAAACCUGACUGUGGGACCCUUCUGCAGUACUGCAUCACAAGUUGGACACAACUCUUGAACUGAAUUGAUAAGCUCUCAAGAUGGAGAGACUGGGUCUGUGAAAUAAUUACUAAACCAGAUACUGGUUCUUAAAGUAGGAUUGUAGAGGAGCAAAAGUCUGCUGCUCCCAAAUUCUGUUUUUGUAAAAGGUUAAUUUCUUGGGAAGAACCCUCCCGGCAAGAUGGAAAUUACAUUUAAAGAGAGAUUUACAUAUGAACUUCUCCCCUAAGGCCUCCUCCCAGGCAGGACCUAAUGAAUGGAGAAGGCAGAAUUUAGUUUUACUUUGCUUUUUUGGUAUAUUUCCUAACUGACCUGACUUUCCCAAAGUUUUCUGUUAACUAAGCUAUUUAAAUAUUGUAUCUAAUAAAUUUAUCAUUUUUCUCUUAAA